GCGCGAGCGAGACAUGGGGAGCGCGACGGGCACGUGGCGGAACGGAACCGAACCGAGCCGGGGAAAAAAAAAACACACACACACAAGUGGCACCGAUCCGAGCCGAACCAGACCGAGAACAAAUAUACAAAACACCAGACCGGGCCGAGUUGAAUGAAACCUAUCCGAGCCCAACCCAGCUAAGUCGGACCGAGCCGAACCGUACCUAUUCAACCCGAACCUGCUAAAAAAAAUAAUCGAACCUGAACCCCGAACCAUGCCGAGACAAGUCAAUCCAAGCCGAGCCAAGCCGAACGGGACCGAAAAAUAAUCGAACAGAGUGGGACUCAACUCAGCGGAACUUCACCUCCACGUGGACCCGGAGCAGAGCUCCAACCGAUCCGACCGCCUCCGACCCAACACCUUGCCGCCGAUCCUGGCCGCCGAGCCGCGACCUCGCACACAGGACCACUGGGCCCCGACACCGCCGUGAUCCUGAGGCCCCCCACUCCCCCGUGCCCCGGACUCCGCCGUCGUCAUGAUGCCACAGGGCCAACCCGGUGGCCCACAGUGGCCGGAGGCGGCCGCGCAAGCCGGGGGCCCCGUGUCUCCGUUCUCGCUCAUGGAGGAGCUGGGCAGUCUGACCCCCCUGGUGAAGGAGGGCCUGCGUCUCGCCAUCCAGAGCAAGCGCGCCGCGCAGGGUCUAGGGCCCGCGGACACCGGGGCUGGGCCAUCGCUGGGGCCUACCAUGGGUUCCGUAGAGACGGCGAGGCCUCGACCCUACCAGACCCGUGCGCCGGUCUCGGCUGAGGAGGAGGAACGGAGGCAGCGGCGACGGGAGAGGAAUAAGAUGGCUGCGGCAAAGUGUCGCAACAAGAAGCGAGAACGGACGGAAUGCCUACAGCGGGAGUCGGAGCAGCUGGAGGCACUGAACACGGAGUUGCGCUCACAGAUGGAGGCGCUGCGGCGGGAGCGGCAGCAGCUCGUCUUCCUGCUGAACCUGCACCGGCCCACGUGCAUCGUGCGCGCGCGUCACGGUGGGCACACGCCCGAGGACGAACGCGCGCUCCUCCUGCAUGUGCUCGCCGACAAGUGACAUGUACCGAUGGCGGAGUGGUGGUGACACGAGGACACGUGGGGACACGUCAGGACACAAACUGGGACUCAUGGAGACACGUGGGGAGCCUGAGACACGUGAGGACACGUGGAGGAACUGGGACUCACGGAGACACGUGGGGGCCCUGAGACACGUGAGGACACGUGGAGGAUCUGGAACAUGCGGAGACAUGUGGGGGACCUGGGACUGGUAAGGACGUUUGAGGAGCUGUGACUCGUAUAGACACGUGGGGGACCCGAGACACGUGGAAACACGUGGGGGACCUGGAACUCGUGAAGACACGAGAGGAACUCGGACUCGUGUAGACACGUGGGUGACCUGAGACACGUGGGGGACUUGGGAUUCGUGAGGACACCAGAGGAAUUGGAACACUUGGAGACACGCCGGGGGACACACAUUGAAACCUGAUGCAAGUGGAAAACGCUGUGGAGGCCUAGAACAUAGGAAUCGAGAUGUAGAUACCCAUGAGGCAGCCGGGACACAUGGGCACCUAUUGAGAGGGCUGUGUGAAGUGAGGACGUUAGAGAGCAUGCCUACAUCAUGCGCAGAAACCCGCGGUGAUGACCGUCGCCACCCGCCAAGCUAAAUAACUAAACGGUGGAUACUGGGGCCAGUUCAGGCCUUGGCGCUGAAACGCCCGUCCUAAACGAGCGAGCAAAGGGCCUGCAGUCUGGCACAUACUUUGACCAUGACCCAUGGCGAGAGAGACAAAUGACCGAGAGGCUGCGGUUAGGUUGUGGGAAACUCACGUUUAUUCAAGUAACUUUUUUUUUUGCAAACCGUCCAUGACCCGACUCUCAAUGAAAGCCAGCGAGGGGUCCUAGCGCAUAACUGGGCACCGCGGUGCUUAACCACUGGCGUGGGGUCACUACGGCGAGCGGACCCAUUCCGCGUCUAUUUAUUCCAUUGUGUGUGUCGUGUUUUUCUAUUCCAUAGUCUGUAUGCGCUUCAGUGUUUGUAUGCCUCGUCUGCAAGUGCUGUCAUCGUCUCCAUGCAUUUGAGCGUUUGAUCUUCCACAAUGGAUAUCCGCUUAAAAUCUAUUCCAAAUAAUGUGUGGAGUGUUUAUUUUCUUUUUCCCACAACCAUCCUUAUGCGGUUGUGUUUUUAUUCCAUAGCAGUGUUCAUCUUCUGGGUUCUUUCGGUAAAGUCACGUAGAAUGGAGAUAAAAUAAUAAAAUAAUAAUAACA